CUCGCAGAGGCGCAAAAGUAGCAGCCCUGCUUCUGGAGCCCAGACGAGGAGGAGAGAGCUCCAGGGCGCUCAGGACGCGCGGGAGAAUCUUUCCCAGAGCUUUCUGCCUAAGGAAGGGUUCAGCUUCCCAGCGAGCACCCGAGGCUUUCAGCUCAUCCGGAAUCAAGGGACGGGGCAAUUAUUAUAGAGAAGGUGCUUGCUGAGGAGACCAGUCCUAAAAAGUGAGCCUGAUACUUGAUUUGCAAAACCAGAAACACUCCCGACUGCGGCCGCAGCAGCAACACUAAGAAAGGUGAAAUUGCUGAAGGACCGGCUCAUCUCUGGGUCUCCCGACUGGCAUGGCAUCUGUCCUGGGGAGUGGCAGAGGGUCUGGAGGGCUAAGCAGUCAACUCAAAUGCAAGUCCAAGAGGAGGAGGAGGAGGAGGUCCAAGAGGAAAGACAAAGUCAGCAUACUGUCAACCUUCCUCGCUCCUUUCAAGUACCUAAGUCCUGGCACCACAAACACAGAGGAUGAAGAUAACCUUAGUACCAGCAGUGCUGAAGUGAAGGAAAACCGAAAUGUGAGCAACCUGGGGACCAGGCCCCUGCCCCCUGGAGACUGGGCCAGAGGCAGCGCACCCAGCGUUAAAAGGAAAAGGCCGCUGGAGGAAGGGAAUGGGGGACAUUUCUGCAAACUGCAGCUGAUCUGGAAGAAGCUCUCCUGGUCUAUGACACCCAAGAAUGCACUGGUCCAGCUGCAUGAGCUGAAACCUGGUCUGCAGUACCGAAUGGUGUCACAGACUGGCCCAGUGCACGCCCCAGUUUUCGCCGUGGCCGUGGAAGUGAACGGGCUCACGUUUGAAGGCACGGGGCCCACUAAGAAGAAGGCCAAGAUGCGGGCAGCAGAAAUGGCCCUGAAGUCCUUUGUGCAGUUCCCCAAUGCCUUCCAGGCCCACCUGGCCAUGGGCAGUAGUACCAGUCCGUGCACUGACUUCACCUCUGACCAAGCUGACUUCCCAGACACGUUGUUCAAGGAGUUUGAACCAUCCUCAAAAAACGAGGACUUCCCAGGCUGCCAUCCCGUUGAUACUGAGUUUCUGUCCUCUGCCUACCGGCGAGGACGGCUGCUCUACCACACACUGGACCUCAUGGGCCAGGCUCUGCCUGACAGGUCCAGGCUGGCUCCGGGGACCUUGGGUGAGAGGAACCCUGUAGUGGUACUGAAUGAGUUACGCUCAGGUCUUCGGUAUGUGUGCCUCUCCGAGACAGCCGAAAAGCCCCGAGUCAAGAGCUUUGUCAUGGCUGUGUGCGUGGACGGGAGGACGUUCGAAGGCUCUGGACGCAGCAAGAAGCUGGCCAAGGGCCAAGCAGCACAAGCCGCCUUGCAGGCCCUCUUCGAUAUCCGGCUGCCCGGUCACAUACCCAGCAGGAGUAAAAGCAACCUCUUGCCACAGGAUUUUGCAGACUCUGUGUCCCAGCUGGUCACACAGAAGUUCCGUGAACUGACAGUCGGCCUGACCUCUGUGUAUGCCCGCCACAAAACACUGGCAGGAAUCGUCAUGACCAAAGGCCUGGACACCAAACAAGCGCAGGUCAUCGUUCUGUCCUCUGGGACCAAGUGUAUCAGCGGUGAGCACAUCAGUGACCAGGGACUGGUUGUCAACGACUGUCAUGCUGAGAUCGUGGCCAGGCGGGCAUUUCUUCACUUCCUCUACUCUCAGCUGGAGCUGCACUUGAGCAAGCAUCAAGGGGACCCCGAGAGAUCAAUAUUCAUACGUUUAAAGGAAGGAGGCUACAGGCUGCGAGAAAACAUCCUCUUCCAUCUCUACGUGAGCACAUCCCCCUGUGGAGAUGCCAGAGUCAACUCUCCCUAUGAAAUCACCACAGACUUGAACAGCAGCAAACACAUCGUCAGGAAGUUCCGAGGGCACCUGCGCACCAAGAUUGAGUCUGGGGAAGGAACAGUCCCUGUGAGGGGCCCCAGUGCAGUCCAGACGUGGGAUGGCAUCCUACUGGGGGAGCAGCUAAUCACCAUGUCCUGCACAGACAAGAUUGCCAGCUGGAAUGUGCUGGGACUUCAAGGCGCUCUCCUCUGUCACUUCAUCGAGCCUGUGUACCUCCACAGCAUCAUUGUGGGCAGCCUGCACCAUACGGGCCAUCUUGCACGGGUCAUGAGCCACAGGAUGGAGGGCAUCGGCCAGCUGCCUGCCUCAUACCGACAAAACAGGCCUCUCCUUAGUGGCGUGAGUCACGCAGAGGCCCGGCAGCCAGGAAAGUCUCCCCACUUCAGUGCCAACUGGGUCGUGGGCAGUGCCGACCUGGAGAUCAUUAAUGCCACAACUGGGAAGAGGAGCUGUGGGGGCUCAUCCCGGCUCUGCAAGCACGUGUUUUCUGCUCGGUGGGCACAGCUGCAUGCUAAGCACACGGAUCCCCAGCCAUGGAGACACACCAUCCAUGUACUGUGAGGCCAAGCGGGGGGCUCACACCUACCAGUCUGUUAAACAGCAGCUCGUCAAGGCCUUUCAGAAAGCUGGUCUUGGCACCUGGGUGAGAAAACCACCGGAGCAAGAUCAGUUUCUACUAAGUCUCUGAGUGGCUAGGCUCCUUCGCCAUUGGACCAGAGGGAGAUGCCUGGAGAGGACGAAGCCGUACGGUGGUGUGGUGUGUCCAUCGGUUCUUGACCUUUGUUCUCCUUCAUUGUUCAAGAACACGCGGCUCCAUGUGUGAAUGAGAGAUUAGAUUUGAGUUUGGGUCAUGCUGCUUCUCCCUGGGCUGUUAGUUCCAAGAACCCCAUCCACCAUAGCUAGAGGUAGAAGCAUUGCUGUGUCAGUCCCAUCCCUUACUGGGUAUCAAAAGGAAAUUCUCUAUUCAGGCAAGGGGAGUCCAGAGGCAAGACUGAAAGGUAGAACUAAAGUGUAGCUUCAUGCAUCUUCCUCUGGGCUUCCUUUCCCUUCCCUUCCAAGGGCCUCUCCAGUGGUGUGAGCGAGUCUCGCCAGCACAAGUUUAUAUGACAUUUCAAGAUAAGCCACAGGUGGACAGGAAAGCCAUGGGCUCCCCGACUCCAAAGAACCCAACAGGAAUGCUGUAUUGUUCUCAUUAUUCAUUCAGACCUUUCCAACUUCUAUCAAGAAGGACUUGAGACAGACACUGUCAAAGAGCAGCUAAAGUGAAAACUAUACUUAUGACACAAAGGGAUAGUUAUCUAAGACAGGAAAGAGUCAUAAUUGAUGAGCUAAGAAAAUUAUUCUUAAACUGGCCAACGAUAGUAUGUUGCAAACAAUCCCAAGCCUAUCCACUUGAUGACAACCUCUCCAUUGCUGUUAUAGAUAAUGAGAAUCACAGAAGUGAGAACUGUAGGGUGAUUAACCGCUACCCAAUAAUCUCUCUACUAGGUAUGAGUAAUGAAGCUGAGUCUUAGAUCAAAUUCCAAAUUUUAAGUGAAUUUUUAUUAGAAAGAAAGCACACGCACACACACACACACACACUCAGUGUAAUCUUUAGGUUUGAGGAGCUGCAUGCUCUCUAUCAUUUUAGGUCCCUUGAUCAUCAUGCUGCAUGAAUAAAAUAAUAAUAGCAAGAAAAAUAAUGAUGACUUACCGUAGCUGCCAAAAUUAAAGAGACAGAAUCACGCCACUUUUAGAAAAGGCAAUAGAGUUCAUCGGUAGACAUAGAUUUCUUUAAUAUUUAGCCUACAUCAUCAUCCCUAAGAGGAAAAAAAAAAAUACAGGCAAGAAGAGGCAUGUUGCCAACCAAUGUUUCUUGAACUAAUUGUCUUUAAACACUUGGAGCUUAUUUCUAACAUUCAUCAAGUUAGUUAACAUGUGUCUAAUCUUUUCUAUUUUAAGAAAUCCCAUGUAACGGGCUGGAGAGAUGGCUCAGCAGUUAAGAGCAUUUGCUGCUUCUAUAGAGGACUCUGGUUGAGUUCCCAGCUUCCACAUGGCAGCUUACAACCAUCCGUAACUCCAGCCCCAGUGGCUCCACACAUCCAUGCAGUGAACUUAUAUAAAUGUGGGCAAAUUAUCAUAGACAUAAAGUUAAAAUAAAUAAAUCCUUUUUAAUCCCAUCUGAGAUGCAUUACGGAUUUCUGUUUCAUUUUGUUUUGUUUUUAAAGAAUAGGAGGAACCAUGUCUAGAAUAUAGGAGUCUUGAUUAGAAUUCCAGCUCAUCAGUCCCCAAUAAAAUUCAACCAUUACAUCAUGAUGCUUUUAGUUUAUCUUAUAUUGCAGAUGUCACAAGAAUUCGGUAAACAUGAAAUACAUUCAAUUGUAGCUAUCUGAUUCAAUAAAAAGAGAAGUGGAGAUAUUAAUUCCUUGGAUUUAAUAUAAGAUCACAUCACUAAAGUCCUUUGAGAAAAGAAUAUGAACACCAUUGUAGGAAUGUUUUCAAGAUAAACUUUCAAAGACAUGCAAAUGAGUGAUUCGUAUCACUUGUUCAUAAAUACUGAGGAAAAUGUAAUCUUAACUCAGGGUAAAGGCUAAGAUCAAAACGCCAACUUACAGUGAUCCCUGAUAACUUGAUAUAUCACCAGGAGGAAGCUUAGAAACCUGAGAAACCUUGAGAGCUGAGUGUGGCUUAGCUGCAAUCCUUCAACUGUUAGGCACAGUGACUUCCUAGCUGAACUCUAGGACCUGCCCUCAAAUCACUUGUAUUCUGAGCUAUUGAAUGGAGAGCACACAGCACAUCAAUGCAGUGAGCUCCAAACAGGGUUAUUGGUUAUACAAAUAAUUGGCAUUAACUUCAGGUCUUAAACAAGAUGGAAGGAGGCAGAAUGGGGCACCUCUCAGAUAUCCUCAGUGAAUACCACCACUUUGGCCUAUGCAAGAGGCAGAGAAAGCAGUGGCUACCCAGCACCAUCAUGGACUAUAAAUUCCAGGGCUAGAUUUAUGACUCCUGGUGUCUACAGUACUGUUUCUCCAGAAACAACCCGAACUUCCCUAAAGAUGAUUCUCUCCUUCUGAAAGGAGGAUUCAUUCCACCCCUGAGCACUAACAUAGAGAUUUGCUUAUUUAUUUUAAUCACAUGUAUAUAGGUGUGUGAUUGUGCGUGGGUAUGUGCAUAUGUGUGCAGGUGCCUGCAGGAAGCUGUAGAGGGUGUCAGGGCUGCUGGAGUGAGAGUCACACACACAGUUGUGAGACACCUAGUAUGGGUGCUAGGAAACAAACAUGGGUUCUCUGGAAGAUGCUUUUAACCACUGAGUUAACUCUCCAGCCCUGAGAAUCACUUGUUAAAUCAACAGGAGAUUCCUAUAUAGGAGAGCUAGGGGAUCCCACAUUUGUUUAUAGAGGUAAAAGAAUUCUUUAAUGCUACAAGGCAAUUUUAAGAAACUACAGCUUUUCCAAAGAGACAUCCUAGAAAAUGCUUUUUUUCAAUAGUUGACUAUCUUGCAAGAUACGUGUCAGAGUGAAUGUAAAAUAAAGGAGAUGGGAGGAAGGAGGCAGAGGGUCUCUGAAUCUCUUCAAUGAAAAGAGACUCACUGAAAUUAUCUAAAGUGAACCCUGCUAUGUGCUUAGAAGCAGAGGUCAGGAAAAGACAAUCUUCCAAGAAACAGGAAAACACAAAGAGGUAUUAAGAAGGAAGAAUGAAAGGCCAGGGUACAUUUAUUAUCCGAAACAGACAGGUAGCUACAUCAGGGUUACACACCUAUACCAUGUUGGGUCAUAUGUGUGCUACCCCUGACCUGUGGAAACCCAACCCACUCCAGAAGUAACCAGCCACCAAAUCUGGCGUAGAAUCUGGUGUACAUGGAAUAAUCCAUGGGACAUAGCAUCUAAUGUAGGUGAAUCCCUGAAAGGGUCAGUGGCAAAAGCGUAUGGACUCUUCUCACCUUUCUAUCCACAAAAGCAUCCCAACAGUGUUUUAGGCUGCCCUGCGUUUUAACUACUGAGUCAGUGUCUUGGGAGUGCCUCAGAGACACCCCAUCUGACGUUUCUACAGGAGUGAAGCAUAAAUAGGUGGCAUUUCUCUGUUAGUCACCCUGAAAACAAAUACAGUCAAAGGAAUCCAAAAGAAUAUGGUUAGAAUAUAAAGAGGACAUUCAGGCAUCUUAGCCACCUCGGCUGUCUCUUAUCUAUCUGACUACCCCCAAACAGUCCCCUCCCCAAGAAUCCCUUUGAUCUUUACACCCUUUGUUUUCAAAUCCUCUGUCUUCUGUAACUGCAUCCAUUGAGCCUCACUCCUAGAGUUCAGCAUUAUCUUUAUCUGUCUCCAAAACACAUGUUGCUUUCCUAUUGGGGAGGUAAGCACAUUAGGGUUUCCUGCCUGGUUCUCAGUCAGAAUGCCAGUGCCUGAUCAUUUGUGAGGCCUCCCACAGGAUCCAGCCCCACGGUAAAGGCCACGAGGAUGUAUAAGCACUGCUCAUUCACCUGCAGCAAAAGAUUUCACAACAAUGUAUAAUAUCGAGUUAUUGAAUUCAGGAUUUCCUUGAGUUGGGGGUUUUGCCAAGGAGAUUUGCAAGUCUCUAAGAGUCGUUUCCUUUUGAUUUCUGUGCUUCUCUUGGAACCUGUAUAUAUCUAUCACACUAUUAUUGAUUUUGUGAUGUCUUGUUGUCUCUCAUAGAUGGCAGGCUAAGUUGCUUUUCCAAAAGAUGCAUAGCUCAUAUUUUUUCCACAUAAUUUCCAUCUCACAGGACAGUUCUUAUUAAUAAAUUUAAAGGCUUUUUGUAUAGUGUUUACCAUAUUUGAUGAGCCAUAAAUAGUAAAUACAUAGUAUACCAAUGCCCAGAAUAGAAUAGUUAACAGUAUUUUGAUGAAAUACUAUUUUUAGAUUAUAAAUUUCAAGAUGAGUCUAUAGUAUCUUGUUUAAAAAAAAUUUAAAAAGACAAUUGAAAUUUAAAUAUAGUAGACAUUUUUUUAUUUAGGAAAACUUCUAUGAUCACUUUUAUGAAGCCAUUCUAAUAAAAUGACCUAAUUGGCCCAAAAGAUAAUAGCUAUCAUUUCUAAUAGCAACCAAAGGAAAUUUAGGAAAGGUCUUUCUUUUUAUGUGCUACCAUUUGACUGCUGUGAUCACUGCUUGCUGAUGACGUCUCAGCAUUCGGCAAACCCUGUUUCCCCAUCACUCUUAUCUAGGACAGUUUUCAGAAUCUACCAUCUCAGAGAGGACUAAGAAAUCCACUAGGCUGAACAUUUCUAAAACUACCCCAGCUCUGGAUGUUUACAUAGUUCAUGAAGGAGUGGGGAACUCAAAGUGCUGUCCCAGGAAAGGUUGUAGCACCAAAACUCAACCCUUGGCUGGGGUGUGCGGUGGAGGAGUGAUAUAUAAUGUUGUUAGGGGAAACAUGGGCGUGGACUGUGGUAGUCUAUGGAGAACUUGGAGGGGAUUGACCCCUGGGCUUUGUCUACGGUUCUGACUUGUAGUUGAUCAUGAAAACAACUAACACUGGGAACACUCAGGUAUUUGUGGCUCUUGUUAAACUUCUUCCUCAAAGUAUGAAGGUGAUGAGUGAUGUGGGGAAAUAAGGAAACAGAGGCAAAAUGACAUAGGUGGAGGCCACCAGAGUGAAGCCAUGGAGAACGGAGCAUUGUCCCAUACAGUUCCCCCCAUUCCAAGUCUGGGAAACCAGAAAAUGAGGUUGUUCAUUUUCCCUACCAAUUCUGCUUCUUCAGAUUCACUUCUCCCUUCCCACCACCACCUUCCUGUGCUUCCCUCCUGGUAAACAUCUGCCCAGUUUGUUCCGGUCCCCUGGUAUAUCUGAGAGAAGUGAAGUGCCAGGGAGUCUGCUGCUCACGGAGGAAGCUCCCUGGGUGUUCGUGUGAUAGAGUGGCUUUACAGGGAUUUAUUUACAGCGAUCCUUUUGGACUCCCAGAGCAAGUUCAUUCCAUCAGACCUCUAACCAAAAGAAUCAUGGAUGGCCAUGUCACAAGAAAUGUAAACCAAACAAUAGUACCCCUGCAGGGAAAUGUACAGUAUCAAAACCUGGAGAAAAUACCAUCAUAUUUCCCAACUCAUCUUUUUUUAAAAGGUUGGAGAGAUGAUACACCCUUUUAAAGAUAAAAUAAAAAUUAUCUGAAUUCUAGUGCCUCUUUCACGUGGGCACCCAAUUUCUAUCACCCAGAAGUCUGUGAAUCAAUUUAAAGAAAUCUUUCCCAGCAGUGCCCAGCUAAUUUUCAGCACUUUUUACGUAAAAUGAACAUUAAAAAAAAUAGUCAUUCUUAGUUGAAGGUAUGUACAUAAAAAAGCAUGAUUGAAUGGCAAUAUUGUAUCAAUGGAUGUAUAUUUGUAAUAUUUGUAAAAUAAAAAAAUCCAAAACCUUACAAUAUGAAUUUACACAUGUUAAUUUGCCUCUUCUAAGUUCUGUAAAUUGCACUUUGGUGAUACCUGAU